AUGAGCAGAUCCAGUCUUCUCUCUAUCUCUCACUUUCCCUUGGAGGCUGAGCUUAGGAACAUGCAGGGACUGCUCUCCUUCUCUCUUCUCAUCACUACUUGGGCUUCCCAGUCCUUUUGCAGGGCGCAAGGCAACGGUCAAGCUGCUGAUGGAGAGUCUGAAGCAAAGGCAACAGAUGUCACUAAAGUGUAUCAGAGGAAAGAGUUUUGCCAUUGGCCAUGCCAGUGCCCUCAGCGGAAGCCCUGGUGCUCACCUGGAGUGAGCCUGGUGAAGGACGGCUGUGGGUGCUGUAAAAUCUGUGCCAAGCAGCCUGGGGACACGUGCAAUGAGGCAGAGGUCUGCGACCCCCACAAAGGCCUUUACUGUGAUUACUCUGUGGACAAGCCUAGGUAUGAGACAGGAGUGUGUGCAUAUCUCAUAGCUGUAGGAUGUGAACUCAACAAGGUGCAUUAUCAAAAUGGCCAAGUUUUUCAACCUAAUCCCCUGUACAAAUGCCUAUGUGUGAGUGGUGCCAUUGGGUGUACACCCUUAUUCAUACCAAAGCAAAUAAACAGUCAAUGCUCUGGCCCCAAAGGUGGGAAAAAGUCUGACCAAUCCUACUGUAGCUUGAGACUACUGCAACAACAGAUAUCAGCGAGCUACCAAGCAAUGCCAGUGUAUAAGAAUCUCCCACUUUUCUGGAAGAGGAAGUGCCUUGUGCAGGCCACAACAUGGACGCCUUGUUCUAGAACAUGUGGCCUAGGAAUAUCCAAUAGGGUGACCAAUGAAAACAGUCACUGUGAAAUGAGGAAAGAGAAAAGACUGUGUUAUAUUCAGCCUUGUGACAGUAACAUAUUAAAGGCUGUGAAGAUACCAAAAGGAAAAACAUGCCAGCCUACUUUUCAACUUUCUAAAGGACAGAAACUUUCUUUUUCGGGAUGCUCAAGUACUCAGAGCUACAAACCAACUUUCUGUGGAAAAUGCUUGGAUAAGAGAUGCUGCAUUCCUAAUAAGUCUAAGAUGAUUACCAUACAGUUUGAUUGCCCAAAUGAAGGGUCAUUUAAAUGGAAAAUGAUGUGGAUCACCUCUUGUGUAUGUCAAAACACCUGCAGAGAUCCAGGGGAUAUCUUUUCUGAGCUAAAGAUUCUAUAAAGAGCUUUAAUUAAAAAUGGCAGUAAAUAUUAAAUAUUAGUGUUAGUCUAAAAGCAUAAUCUUUACUACACCAAAUAAUUCUUCCAAUAAUUUGAGUGGCUAAAAAAGUGAA